UUUGGGACAAGCUUAAAAUAUUAGGAUGGCCACGGGCUACUUCAAUUCGCGUCAAUGGAUUUCGGUCAAGUAGUUUUCUCUCUCAACUCUUUAUGUUCGACUGCGAUCUCCGACGCAAAGGAAGCUUCGUUUUUCGGCGACAACUUCGUCCGACUACAUCGCCGAAACGUAGAUAUUGAUUUAUUCAAGUUUUCACCCCAUCCAGUGCCAGUAUUAUAUGAGCUUAUAUUUAUCACCCUAAGAGGGAUAUCCAGCAUUGUAUGAUACCUGAAAUCAUUGAAGAUAAAUGAUUGUUUACAAAUCUGUAGAAUGCACUAGUUGCAGCAGCUGAGUGUCGAACAAACCCAGAGUGAUUCUGGAAAGAACUUUCAAUGCCAGAACGUCGGAAUGGAAGUGCCCAGCCUGGAAAUGGGAAAGCUGCUGGGGCAGGAACUGCAUAUGCUAUUGAUCUGGAUAAUUUCAGCAAGCGAAUGAAAGCUUUAUAUUCACAUUGGAAUGAGAACAAAUCCAAUCUGUGGGCCUCUUCUGAUGUCCUUGCAGUAGCAACACCUCCGGCUUCUGACGAUCUGAGAUACCUGAAAUCUUCGGCCUUGAACAUUUGGUUGCUUGGAUAUGAGUUCCCAGAGACAAUCAUGGUUUUUAUGAAGAAGCAGAUUCACUUUUUAUGUAGCCAGAAGAAGGUGUCUUUGCUUGAAGUUGUUAAAAGAUCUGCUCGGGAGGCUGUGGAUGUGGAGGUUAUCAUGCACGUUAAGGCUAAGACUGAGGAUGGAACUGCCGCAAUGGAUGCUAUAUUUCAUUCCAUUCUUGCUCAAGCAAAGUUGGAUGGCCUUGAUACUCCUGUUGUUGGACACGUAGCAAGAGAGGCUCCUGAAGGGAAUCUUUUGGAGACAUGGGCUGAGAAGCUGAAGGGUUCAAAUUUCCAGAUUUUGGAUGUGACGAAUGCGUUGUCUGAUCUGUUCUCUGUCAAGGAUACUGGUGAGCUUACAAAAGUGAAGAAGGCUGCAUUCUUGACUGCUUCUGUGAUGAAGAAUUUUGUGGUUCCUAGGCUUGAGAAAGUUAUUGAUGAGGAAAAGAAAGUCACUCACUCGUCUUUAAUGGAUGAUACAGAGAAGGUCAUAUUAGAGCCCACCAAAGUCAAGGUGAAACUAAAGGCAGAAAACAUUGAUAUCUGCUAUCCUCCGAUCUUCCAAAGUGGAGGGAAUUUUGAUCUUAGGCCUACUGCUUCAAGCAAUGAUGAAUAUCUUUACUACGAUUCUGCUAGUGUGAUAAUCUGUGCAAUUGGUUCCAGAUAUAACAGCUACUGCUCCAAUCUUGCCAGGACAUUUUUGAUAGAUGCUAAUACUGUGCAGAGCAAGGCUUAUGAGGUUCUACUCAAGGCACAUGAAGCAGCAAUUAGUGCGUUGAAACCUGGGAAAAUUGUUAGUACUGUGUAUCAAGCUGCUGUUUCUGUUGUUGAGAGGGAUGCUCCUGAAUUAGUGGCCAGCCUGACAAAAUCUGCUGGGACUGGUAUUGGUCUUGAAUUCCGUGAGUCAGGAUUGAAUCUUAAUGCCAAGAAUGAUCGGGUGUUGAAAGCAGGCAUGGUCUUUAAUGUCUCAAUGGGUUUUCAGAACUUGCAGGCCCAGGCCAACAAUCCAAAAAGCCAGAAAUUUUCUCUGUUGCUAGCAGAUACUGUCAUUAUUGGUGAAAAGCCUGAAAUCGCGACUUCAAUGAGUUCCAAAGCUGUGAAGGAUGUAGCUUACUCAUUUAAUGAUGAUGAUGAAGAAGAAGAACAGCCAAAAGUAAAAGCUGAAGUUAAUAGCACAGGUGCCUAUCUAUCUAAGGCAACUCUGAGGUCAGACAACCACGAGAUAUCGAAGGAGGAGGUCCGGAGGCAGCACCAGGCAGAACUUGCUCGCCAGAAGAAUGAAGAAACUGCUCGCCGACUAGCUGGUGCAGGGUCUGGAGCAGGAGACAAUCGUGCUGCUCUUAAGACUUCUAGCGAUCUGAUUGCUUAUAAGAAUGUCAAUGAUCUACCCCCUCCAAGAGGUCUUAUGAUUCAAAUUGACCAGAAGAAUGAGGCUAUCCUACUGCCAAUUCAUGGAAGCAUGGUACCUUUCCAUGUUGCUAGUGUCAGGACUGUUUCCAGUCAGCAGGACACGAAUCGAAAUUGCUACAUUCGCAUAAUCUUCAAUGUUCCUGGGACCCCCUUUAACCCUCAUGACUCUAACUCUUUGAAGUAUCAAGGGUCUAUUUAUCUAAAGGAAAUCUCUUUCCGCUCCAAGGACCCAAGGCACAUAAGUGAAGUAGUACAACAAAUUAAAAGUCUUCGUCGAAAUGUAAUGGCACGAGAGUCAGAGAGAGCUGAGAGGGCAACUUUGGUUACUCAAGAGAAACUUCAACUUGCAGGGACCAAAUUCAAGCCCUUAAAGUUGUUUGACCUUUGGAUCCGUCCUGUUUUUGGUGGCCGUGGACGAAAGCUGCCUGGUGCGCUAGAGGCUCACUUAAAUGGAUUUCGGUAUUCUACUAAUAGGCAAGAGGAGCGUGUGGAUAUUAUGUAUGGGAACAUCAAGCAUGCAUUUUUCCAGCCUGCAGAGAAAGAGAUGAUAACUCUCCUUCACUUUCAUCUGCACAAUCACAUCAUGGUGGGAAAUAAAAAAACUAAGGAUGUUCAGUUUUAUAUUGAGGUUAUGGACGUGGUCCAGACUUUGGGGGGUGGAAAGAGAUCUGCCUAUGAUCCAGAUGAGAUUGAAGAAGAGCAACGAGAGAGGAAUAGGAAGAACAAAAUCAACCUUGAUUUUCAGAGCUUUGUGAACCGGGUGAACGACCUCUGGGGGCAGUCCCAAUCCCAAGGGCUUGAUCUUGAGUUUGAUCAGCCAUUGAGAGAGCUUGGUUUUCAUGGGGUACCCCAUAAAGCUUCUGCUUUCAUAGUCCCAACUUCAAGCUGCCUGGUUGAGCUGAUAGAGACUCCUUUCCUUGUGAUUACUUUAAGUGAGAUUGAGAUUGUAAAUCUUGAGAGAGUUGGUCUUGGACAGAAGAAUUUUGACAUGACUGUAGUAUUCAAGGAUUUCAAGCGGGAUGUAUUUCGGAUUGACUCCAUUCCAUGCUCUUCACUUGAUGGUAUCAAGGAAUGGCUUGACACCACUGACAUUAAGUAUUAUGAGAGCAGGCUGAAUCUCAAUUGGCGGCAGAUUCUGAAGACGAUUACAGAUGACCCGCAGAGUUUCAUAGAUGAUGGAGGAUGGGAAUUUUUGAAUAUGGAUGCUACUGAUUCUGAUUCUGACAAGACAGAGGAAUCAGAUCAAGGUUAUGAGCCAUCAGAUGUGCAGUCUGAGUCGGAGUCCGAUGAUGAAGAUUCAGACAGUGAAUCACUGGUUGAGUCUGAGGAUGAGGAGGAGGGGGGUUCAGAGGAAGACUCGGAGGAAGAGAAAGGAAAGACAUGGGAGGAGUUGGAGAGGGAAGCAAGCAAUGCAGACAGGGAAAAGAGGGAUGACUCAGAAAGUGAGGACGAGAGGAAGAGAAGGAAGAAGAUUUUUGGGAAAACUCGAGCUGGUUCUACUGGUGCCAUCCCCAAGCGGGCUAAGUUUAGGUAGAUAUGAAAGGAGAUCUCUUGUAUGUUCGUCAUUGUUUUGGCAGGUUAACAUUUAGCAGCAGAACCGAUGCUGUGAAUUAUAACAUACCUCCCAACUGUCUCUCUCCAUUGGAUCGUUCUGGUGGAGGUUUUGUUUCUCUGUCCCGUGUAUUGGGCACAAAGCAGGGUGCAUGGAUGGUGCAUCAUAGUCAUUAUGAACUGUGUUUUUAUUAUUAUUAUUUUUACGGAAAGAUGUCCUCUGUUGUGUUUC